UUGGACUCUGUUGCACCGAUGCGCUGCAAAUCCAGGAAAUCAAAAUCCGACCCCUGGUUAAAUGCCACGACCCGUGCCCUCAGGCAAUGCUGCAGACGGGCGGAGAGAAAAUGGAAAAAGGACAUCUGAUUUGGGACUGCCAUGGGAUCCCUCAGGAACAGUCAGAGGAUAUGGUUCAGGAUAGGGAAGUGUGGAUUGAGCUGCUUGGUCUGCUGCCACCACAACCCAGAUAAAUGGCAGAAAAUGAAUGAAUGAAUGAACGAACAUCAAGAAUGGGGAGGUCACAGCCCCUUUGUGGACCGAGAAUUGGGAUUGGGACUCCUCAAUUUUGGCCUGGUAUCUCAAUGUUUAUUCAAUGGGACUGUUCAGGCUCCACCCCAAACAGUCACAUGUGUGCUGGUGGUUCCUGGCCACAAAAAUGUGUUACCAAGAGGUCUGCCGUCAGGUCAACCAGUACCAGCAAGGUCAAGAAAUUUGCAAAUCUCUCGCCUGUAACCUUGAUGAACUCACACUAACCGUGGGAGGCAGAGUCAAACUACAGCUGGUGCAGGGAGACAUCGCCAAGGAGACAACCGAUGCUGUCGUGAACACAACAAACUUCAUUAAUUUUAAUACAAGCACAUGUAAGGCCAUCUUAGCUAAAGCUGGACCAGAAGUGGAGGCUGCUCUAAAAACCGCAAAAGUGGAUGCAGGAGGAAUUUUUGUCACCCAGCCUGGCAACUUCCCUUGCAAAAUCAUUUUUCAUGUGAGCGGAAAAGGGAACACGAAAACUGUUGAAGAACUGGUGCUUGACAUCAUUUCACGCUGUGAAACCGCCAAACUCAACUCUGUGGCCAUUCCUGCCAUCUGUGUCGGACCUGGUAAUCUCAAACCUGAGGCUGUUGCAGGUGCCAUCUUCCGAGCAGUCCACACUUCCACUUCCUCUGCUUUAUUCAACUACCUGUCCACCAUCCGCAUAAUUCUGUUUGAGACCAAUGUUUUCCUGGCAUUCAAGCAGAAAGCCAUCCAAAGGUUUCCUUCUGCUGCCAUGAGCACAGCAUCCACGCUCUAG